AUGAACAAUGAUCGCGUUUCCACAGUAGUAAAAAACCGUAGACCAAAGGUACAAAACGGUCUUAGCAUUGAGAAUAGAGAGAAAUCCAAGUCUGAUGAUGGAUUUCAUCAUUCUGAUUCUGAUAAAGAUAGUAAUCAUUCUUCCCAUUCUAAUAUGAGCUCAAGUAGCACUACUAAUAUUAGUAGCCAUCCUCUUAGUAGAAAUUCUUCCGUUAAGUCAGACACAGUUGCACGAGUACGACCAAAAUCUUCUUUGGGAAUGUUAACAGAGAAAACAAAAUCGGAUAGUCUUAAUUUGGCUACUGUAGCUGCUAAUAAACAAUUAAAAGCUGAUAGACAGGCGGAAGAAGCGAGAAAGAAUAGAAAGAUUGCAGAUUUGGAAAUCUCAAUAAAAUCAUUGAUGAAAAUCAAUUCAGAGUUAGAUGCAACGAAUAAAAAGCAGGCCAUAGAAAUUCAAGAUUUAGCAAGACGGCUUCAAAUAGUGACACUAGAAACGUUUGCUAGUCCCGUUGUAGUAUUAAAAGAAAUAGUAUUACUAAUUCUAGUAGCAUUGGUAGUAAUUCUAGGUCUAACGUUGGUGAUGGUGGUGGUGCUAGAUCUAACAACGUUAACUUUUUCUACUUAUGGUUUUUGUGAUACUCAUGCUAAAAAACACCGAAGAAUGGCAGAAUACUACCGGGACAAGCUUGAAAAGCUAGCUCAAGAUGGAAUUGAUGACAGAACUAGGACGGAAUUCCUCCCGUUUUUAUAUCCAUUUUUGGGUUUACUUGGUAGUAAAAAAAGACAACAUGUUUUAACGAGAGAAGUUAAAGAAUACGUUCCUGAUGAACAAAUAACCAAGAAGCAAUCGACUCCAGUGAGUAUCGAGUCCUUUAAAGAAUUAAACUUGAUAUUUGAUGCUGUUAUUGCUGAAUUUAAAAAGGAAAAGGAAGCACUCAUUGAUAUUAACUCCAAACUUCAUACUAGGAUUGAAGAAAUUUGGGACCUAGUGACGGAAGUUAUUGAGCUAGAUAUUACCACUAGGGCUUUAGAUGAUCAAUAUGAAGAGAACAAUGCUAGAAUUGUGAAAUUAGGACAGACUCAAAAUCGUACAAUUAAUUUCUUUAACGAAAAUGCUGAGUUUACUAAGAUUAAGGACGAAAACAAUGAGCUUAAAAAAGUUAUUACUGAGCUUGAGAUUAAAAAACAAGCUAAAUGCAUUCAAAUUAGUAAGGAGCUUCUUGAUGAGGAUCCAAUAGUUGAUUAUUGUCCUUCUUUCCUGAAUGGAUUGAACCCGAAUCGGGACCCAAAGCAGGAAUCAAAGUCGACGCAGCGGUUUAAAAAUAUGGGAAAAAACAAAAAAGCUGGACAAGUGUUUAAAAUUACGAAUCAAACUCAAAUCAACCAUAACCAAAGGGGCCCGUUGAGAGGCUUAACCUACAACUUAACCCACGACUCAACCUACAAAAAGUAUGACACAAAUGCAAACUCAUCGUACUUUGAGGUAUGA